GAGGACACCACAUAACCCGCCCCGCAGCGUCUCAGCCACAGGCCUAACAAGUUGGCUCCCGCCUCCGCCGGUCAUCGCAUUGGAAGGCUACCCCUGGCUCUCCCACCGCCCCAGUAAGAGACUGAAGCUCGGAGUUCCAGGGCCCGAGACAGAAGGGGGAGCGGAGCUCAUCAGCGGACACUCCACAUCCUAGGAUUUGAAGGAAAGGCAGUCCACCCCGGAGGACUCUCUUACAAAAAAAAUGAGAAUGCGAACUCAUCCUCCCUAUCCAGUUAUCUUUGCAGUUUACAUUCUACACACUGCGUCCUUGUAAACACAAAUAUCCGGAGCAGCUGGCAACUCCUUUCAGUCAAGUAGAGUACAGAACUAAGGUCUGGAGACCUAGGCGGAGAAAUAACCCAUAACCCCAAGGGUUGCCAGCGCACUCCCUAGAGCUGAAUGUGCAGUCCUAAGAGGGCGGAGAUAACCAAAAGAGAGGCGGGCCCUAACAGCCACCGCCCUGGCAAGCCUCCGGAAGGCGGAGCGUGAGGCACAAGGUACUCACGAUCUCCCGGGUGGAUCUGUAGGCAUCCUCAGAACUGAGAAAGGAGAGAAAAGGACCAAAACAGGCCACAGCAUAAAUUAACCUUGGGAACAUGCCACACUCAGAGAAAGGAUAAAACUUCCGUAGUUGGGGACAUAACGGCUGUUCACCUUCUCCUUAGCCAGGAGUGUUAAUGGUCCCUGUGCCCUCUCUGUGUAGGUAACAGUGCCUCGAACGCACAGUGAGACAAAGUGCUUUCAAUUCCUAGUUUGCUUUUAUUUAUUCACCAAAUAGGGCGUGGGCCUGACGCUGACCUUACUUUGUGGGGCGCUCUCUCGGCGCCAGGAGGGGACGGGAUUACGUUGUUACCGCUCUCCCGAAGAAGUAGAAUCCUCCUCCUGGAGAGCUAAGACCCCAAGGGACAGGCCCAGGGAACCCACUCCUAGGUCCAACUCUGUCCUCCCUCUGCAAUCCAGCGGAAACGGCCAGGAAAGAGCUCUGGCAGCAGGUGGGCCUCACUCCAACGAUGGCUUCGAGCCGCGAAACCACAGCAGCGAAUUGCGAACUCCAAGGGUAGCCGACAGGUGGGAGCAGCCUCGCCAGUAGCGAAACCUUGCCCCAGGACAGAGGUCUAAAAGUAAGUCAGACCAACAAAGCGACCCCCGGGCCAAACUGCUCCCAGGUUAGGAGGAAGCGGCACUCCAGCAGAACUGACCCAAGGCUACUUUUAACUUUGCGCUGCCUUCCACCACUAGACUGAGUGGCACAGGGCAUUCCCACCAUGGUAUCAAGAACUACUCAGAACCCAAGCCAGCAUUAGGCUGCCCACCACUUCCCGUGAACACAGGGUACCACCUGCGCUGGAUCUUGCCUAAGGGCCCGAGGGCAGGGCACUAGGUUGGCAGAGUCUCGGAUACAGCCAACUAAGGACAGCUGCUACCAUGCCUAGGGAAGAACAAACACUUCCAGCGUCUGCAGAGUUCUCGAGCUUAAGCUCAGGGAAGUCAAAGGGCGCGGAAAUAGCCAAGCGACAGGGUUAGAACUUUAGUACUUGGCCCCGGCCCCGAAGGGCAGAUCUCAUUUGCCCUGCAGAACCUACGAAGCUUUGCUCCCGAAAUCCACUCCGCACUGUAAUCCCCUGGCUUCACCCCGAAGGCUACCAGGUCUCCAGCCUCGGUGGAACCUUUGUGUGGCUUCUCGGCUCUCCCCGCCCCCCUCGCCAAGGGCGCCGAGCCUAGGACUUCCGGGCGGGAGGGCAGUUCGAAGGAGCUAGGCGGGCCUCACACAUGUGCGGAGCGCGCUCAAGAGCGAAGGAGGGAGGCGGGGAACAAGGCUGGACUUCCCCCUCCGAGCUCUCUCCGCCGGAGGAGGCCGGGCUACCAGUCCCACCAAUCCGAGGCGGGGGCGGGACCUUGCGCCUCGCGUCAGCCGCAAGAACCCUCCCUCCUCCCUCCGCGGAAAAAAAAAUCCUAGCAACUUAAACUCCAGCCCGGCCUCCCGAUAGGCGGAGCUCGGGAGAAUGUCAUCCAAUCCACAUCCGAAAAGGGGAAAAAAAGGGAGUCUCGUCCAGCCAGUGGAAGACAAGAGAAGGCGGGGCCUCCGGGCGAGCCCGAGGUGGGUGGGAGAGAGGAAACGGGCCCGCCCCUCAGCUCCCCUCCAGGCGGGUUGCACAAGCCGCCAGCGGAGUAGAUAGUAAACAGUCUGGGCCGAGGAGUGCAGGCAGGUGCCGCCCGGCGCUCGGUGGACUGGGCCCCUGCGCCGCCUCUCCCGGCGUCGCCCCGCCCGGCCGGGACGGUUCCCGCCGGCGCCCCGCCUACCCGCCCGCCAUCCCGGCUGACAGGCGCGCCCCUCGCGCCCCUCCCCGCCCGCUGAUGCAUUUCCUUUUCCCGAUUCCGAGCGUGGAGACUGUUUUCCCAGUUUCCGACCUUCACUGCCCCUUUCAGGCCACCCCCUCGUGGGCGCGCACACGCCCGCGCCCUCGCCCCCGCCCCAUCCGCGCCGAGCGGUCCGCAGCGGCAUCUCGCAGGAAGGGGGAGCCCGGCGGCGGCACGGCCGGGGGAGGGGAAGAGAGCAGCAGUCGCCGCCGCCGCCUUGGGGUGGGCGGGGAAGCAGGCAGCUCCAUGUUUGCAAGGGGAUCAGCCGGGACCGCGGGGCGAAGCCGCCGAGUUCCUGGGGGUUUUCCGUACCACCGGUGCGAGCUCGUUGCCGGCUCGUGGCCUGCCGGGUGCCGGCACCAAAUGCCGACUCGACCGCCAAGGCCAGGGAGUUUGGAAACCCGGCAGCUCGCGGGGCUAGCGGCGAGACGCAGGGGAUCUUUCCGGUGGCCUCUCCCGCCCCCGGCCGCCCCUCCCGCAAGUCCAGUGUUGCCCCCGCCCCCAGAGUCCAUAACAACCGCGGGCCUACAGUGCCCGCGCCUCUCCGGAGCGCGCCCACCGCCCCCUCCAAGUUUGCAGGCAGAAACAAAACCCUCGAGGCGGCUGCCGCCCUUGUCCAGCGUGGGUAGCCAGGAAAGCCGCGGGCCCCGGCUCGCUCGCUAACUCCAGCUCUCGAGCAACUCCGGGCUCCGCGAGCUCAGUGGGCCCCGCCGACCAUGCUCGAGCCGCCGCCCCCUGCCGAGCCCGCACGCCGCAGCUCUGGCCCGGUUCUAGUCGGUGUGCGGAAUCUCCCUUUUCUUUCUAAUAUUUUUCUUUUUUAAAAAACGGCACAACAGGAACUGGGGGUCUCCUGCCCGCCCCUUCUCCAGUCCGCCGCCAAAACCUACCGAAACGGACUGCUCGGUGAGAUAAACUAGGCAACACGGCCGGCGCAGGGACGACCCCAGGCCGGGCCCACCCCCUCCCCACGGCUCCGGCCCGGCUGGGAAACACACACACUGGCGAGCGGGCGGCGCCAAGAGCUCUCCUUCCUGGCCUGUCCCUCGCCUACCUCGGCCGCGGAACUCCGAGCCUCCCCUCAGCUCGGUCCCAGGGCCCACGGGGCCCACACCACGUCGGGCCGGCCAGACCGAGCGGCCGGCGGACUAACCCCCCAAACGCCUGAGAUUGGGGGGACCAAAUUAAAAGCAGCUGUUUAACAUACCUUCCGAGCCAGGCGAGGAGUCCUGAAUGGGGGGAACGCCCCCCAUGGGCUAUUGGCUCCCCGGCGCUCACGUCAGUCACCCUGGGCCCGCCUCCGCCCUUCGCCCCGCCUCUUCCCCUUCAUUGAACGCCCCCUCCUUCCAAAAAAUAUAAAUAAAUUAAUUGAACUAAACGCGAGUGGGAGACGCAUCCGUGGUAGAGGCCCUUAUAGCUCCCUCUCCGCCGACUCAAGUUUCUUGAGGUCCUCGGACUGGAGGGAGGCCUUCUGGGACUCGGAGAUCCGCUGGGUGGACGCGGAGGAGGAGCCAGCGGGGCUACCCGGCCCCAACUUCCUUCACACACACAACCCAUUUGGAACUAGGUAGAAGAGGAAGGUAGGAGCACCCUGGCCACUGGCUGGAGUGGGCAGACCCCUCUGGCUGUGUGACCUAACCGUGUUCGGUCCGCUCUGUUAGGCGCCUAAAAAUGAGUGAUGCAAACGGGAAGCUCUGCGUCCGCGGGCAACAGGCACUUGUCUGAGCACCUACUGUGGGUGAGGCAGACAUUCAUACCGUACCUGCUGCUGGGUGCAAAUACAGACUGGAUGACAUGCUUACUCUACUCCUCCAAGGGCUCCAGAUUCAGCCGAGGAGAUUCUACGUAAAGAACUAAGUCAAGGCAGGAAUGUGUAUGAAAAUAGGAGUUUGUAUGUAAAUAGGAGCUCAGAGAAGAGAGAUUCCUUCUCGCUGAAGGAAAAUUGGGAAAGGUUUCAUGGAGGAGGUGGCAUUCAAGUUGGGUCUUAAAGAUUUCAUCCAGCAGAAGUGGAGUGGCAGGUCAUUUUCAGCAAAGGACACAAAGGGGUAAAUGCAAAAACACCUUCAUAUGUGACUGUAGUAAUUUUAAAAAGUGGGGGUGGGGAGAUGGAACAAACAGUUUAAGACUUUUAAUUGGGUAAAAUUCUUGGAUGUGCACAGCAGAAUGUGCAGGCAGCACGGUCACGAGGCCCACAGGCCCAGAACUAUAGUGUAAGAUGUUUGGCACCCUGGCAGAAAGAUGGGUUCUGACGAUGCACUGAGAGAGAAGUGUCUAUAGGCAGCAAGGGGAGGCCCAGAGGCUGUUGUAUUACUGUAUUUGGAGACUACAGAAGUGUCUCUUGUGGAAGGAAUAGCCGAGGGAAGAGAAGGCUUACUUUCUCUAUCAAAGCCACCCAAUCCCAAAGCUUUCCCCACCUUCAGCAGCCCUCAAGUCAAAGCUUUGACUCAGAUCCUUCCUUGCAUCAUUUGCUUUAUUUAUCAUAACUUUCAACCAAAAGGAGUUUCUAGGGACAGAAGCUACCCCACAUGUCUGUAUUGCAGAGAGCUGAGCCUAGAGCCAGGGCACACAAUGUGGGGAAAAAAAAAAAAACCAAACCUGUUUGUUGAGGCAUUGAGGAAA